AUGAAUGAAGAAGUCAAGAAGCUAACACCCAUGGGACGAAUUCAGAAGCCUGCUUACAACGUUAUUGCACAAUGGGUUCAAAGAGCUUGGGAUGACAUUGAUCCAACACUUAUUCGACAUGCAUUUAAGUGUUGUGGGAUUUCAAAUAAUCGUAACAGUUCUGAAGACAGACAAAUCUUUGAUUAUAAUUUCUUAAAAGUGAACAGUUCUACGUCUUAUAUCUUUGGUGAGGAAGAAAAUUAUGAAAAUUCUAAUGAAUCGGUUGAAAAUCAUGAAGGGUCUAGUGAAUCGGUUGAAAAUCAUGAAGGGUCUAGUGAAUCGGAUAGAAACUAUGAAGGGUCAAAUAAAUCGAUAAGAAGUUGUGAUAAUGAUAAAAACCCUGGUCAAUCUCCUGAAAAUGAACUUAUUUUAGAUUUUGGAGAUAAAAAUUUUAAUGAGCAUUAUAAUGAUUUGGAAGUAGAGAACUAUUCCAACUACUGGCAUUAA